GUCCACCAUGAUCACUUCUACAUUCAGCAACCAUAUUAUAACUUUUACACAGAGAGAAACUAGAUUACAUCAAAUUUCAUUUAUGUUAACGAACAAUGAUUCUAUCAAGACGGUCACGAAAAUUUCUUCGCCGAACAUGUCUAAGUCUUCUACUUAUUAUUCCAAUAAUUCUCUUCAUUACCAACCUGCUGCUAUCUGCUGGGGUAUUAAGUAUGUUCAAUGACAAAUCUCCACAGAGAUCAUUACGAAAGAGCGGUUAUAAGCGCAAUUUCCGCAUUGAUAAUACAGUUGUUCCGAAUAUUGCGCACUAUGUUUGGAUGAGGGCGGCAGAAUUUGAAUUUCACCACUACCUCAGUGUUCUAAGUAUCCAGGAGUACCUUUCUCCACGACGUAUCUACUUUCAUCUUUACACAGACAGACCGUUUUUCCGUGGACGGUACUGGGAAAGUGUUCGUAAACUUCCAAAUAUCCGUAUCAUUUUUGAAAAGUCGGACGUCAAACCAUAUGGUAUUUCUGUUACAAAACUACAUCAUAGGUCAAUUGUUGCUAGGCUGCACGCUCUCCAGAGAGAUGGCGGAGUUUAUCUUGAUGCAGAUGUAAUAUUUUUGAAAUCUGUAGAACCUCUUCUACAUUAUCAAACUACGCUCGGUAAGGAAUUCUACGGCCUUAGUCCUGGAAUUAUUUUUACAGAAAAAAAUUCAACUUUUGUUCAAAACUGGCUGAAAACAUUUAAAGAUUAUGAUCCUGAAACAUACGACGAAUCAUCAAAGUUUCUUGAGCUAGCCAUAAAAUACCAAGACCACUUACAUGUCGAGCAAGAUAAUUUUCGUCGCAAUGAUCUCCACGAUUUGGCAGACGAUAAAUGCGAGAAUAUCUACCAUGGGUACUGUGACCAUAAGUUUAACUAUGCCAUCAAACUAUAUUACAACUUCUACAGCAGAAAUAUCUCAAAUUUUAGCUUAGAUGACAUGCAGACAACAUUUGGAGAUAUGGCGCGAAAAAUAAUGAAUACAGAGAUUACGCACAAUUAUAACUAGCAUAAAAAGAACAGAAAAUGGUUGGAUGGAAGAAUGAAUAAAAAAUGUGGAAGUGGAACACUACGGUUACAC